GAGCAGCAGAGCAGAACCAGCGGAAAGACCUGGUGGAUUUCAAGGAAUUAUUUGGAGAACAGGAGCACUCAAAAGAUGCCCGCAGUGGGAGUGCCGUAUCCUCUCCGGAGCCAGACAGAGGCAUCAGUUUGAUGGAGGGUCAGAGGAAAAGGAAGAGGACCAUCUUUAGCCGUGCCCAGCUGUCUGAGUUGGAGCAGGCCUUCGCUGUGACCCCCUACCCGGACAUCACCCUGCGGGAAACGCUGGCUGCACACACACACCUGCCCGAGAGCAAGAUACAGGUGUGGUUCCAAAACAGAAGAGCUAGAAGUAUUAAGACCGGUAGACUCUCCAAGUCCACCAAGUCCGUCCUUGGAGUUAGAGGUUUUGUGGAUCCCUCCACCGGCCCCACGACUUCCACGUAUUCAAACACUCUGGCAGACAUGUUCAGGCCAGACCAGAGCCACUCCUGUGAGGAGGUACCGCAGAUUUACUCAGAUUGGAUGCAAAUCUACAGUAACCCCAUGUCAUCGCCACCAUGUUCCUCAUCCCUCCAUCAGCAGUCCACUCAUAGCUGCUCCAAACCCUCCGAGUCUCGUCUCUGGGAAGAGGAGUACCACGGGCAGCAGCAACAGCACUUAGGAGCCUCACUCACUGGUUUCAUUCCUGGUUCGUUUCAUCAGUCCAUCACCAGGCAGCCUCACCACACUGCAUCUACAUGCUCCUAUCAAGCCUUCAGGAACUUCAAGUCCCGGAGCUUGGCUCCAUCUGGACCUCAUCAGGCCCUGUGCAGCGGAGGCACUGGAAGUGGAGGUCAUGCCUCAGUAGACCAGGUUGUCCCUUCCCACCCUCAGCCAGUGUACUGGGAAAUCUCUCAAGGUCAGGGACAGCACCACCACCACCACCAUCAUCACCCACAACUGGGACCACAGACCUCGAUGGGAUAUAUCUCAGACCUGAUCUAUAACGCUGCUAUUGUUACCAAUUUUCUUGAAUUCUGAUGAGUGUAUCAAAAUCUGUCCUGUGUUUUACUAAAGCUGAUGAAUUUCAGACAAGGCUGUAAUACUGUGAAGUAGA